AUGCUGGUGAUUGAAAUCGGGGACUCUCACCCAGAUGUCCGUAGGCAGGAAGAACUGGAGAGUGAGCUCAGUGAAGGCGAACACUGGUAUGGAAACUCGUCGGAGACGCCCUCAGAAGCAUCCUAUGGGGAAGCCCAGGAGAACUAUAAGCUGUCUCUGGAGGACGCCAUCCGGGAGCAGUCCACCUCCCCCGACACCUCCUUGGGAAGCGCGACGCCCAGCAGCCACACCUUGGAGCUGGUGGCACUGGACGGGGACAUCCUGCGGGACUCGCUGCAGUGCCACGGUCACCUUUCCCCUGGCGUGUCUUCUUGGUGCGAAGAUGACCCCCCAGGUUCCAAUAAGCCCCUGAGCAGCAACCUGAGGAGGCUGCUGGAGGCUGGCUCUCUCAAACUCGAUGCCGCAGCCACGGCCAAUGGCAGAGUGGAGUCCCCCGUGAACACCGGCUCGACUCUCUCCUUCUCGCCCCCCUCGCACCAUGCCCAGCAGCUCAGUGUUCUUGCCAGGAAGUUGGCUGAGAAGCAGGAACAGAAUGACCAAUACACUCCAAAUAACCGUUUUAUAUGGAAUCAAGGUAAGUGGUUGCCGAACUCCACCGCCACUUGCGGCUUGUCCCCGGAUUCAGCCAUCCUCAAACUGAAAGCUGCAGCCAAUGCGGUUCUGCAGGACAAAUCCCUCACCAGGACGGAGGAGACCGUGCGCUUUGAGUCCUUCUCCUCCCCUUUUAGCUCCCAGUCUGCCAGUUCCACCUUGGCAGCCUUAUCCAAGAAGGUCAGUGAGAGAAGUCUGACUCCUGGUCAGGAACACCCACCCCCCGCCAGCCCCUUUCUGUCCCUGGCGUCCAUGACCUCCUCCGCGGCUCUCCUGAAAGAGGUGGCCGCCAGGGCUGCUGGGAGUCUUCUGGCUGAGAAAUCCUCCCUGGUGCCUGAGGACCCUCUACCACCAGCGCCUUCCGAGAAAAAGCAAGAAAAAGCCACCCCACCCCCGCCUCCGCCGCCUCCGCCGCCUCCACCGCCGCCUCCACAAUCCUUGGAAUUAUUGCUACUCCCAGUCCCGAAAGGAAGAGUCUCUAAGCCCUCCAAUUCAGCCUCAGAAGAGGAAAGCGGGAAGCCUUUCCAGUGUCCGAUCUGUGGUUUGGUUAUCAAGAGGAAGAGUUACUGGAAGCGGCACAUGGUGAUCCACACAGGCCUAAAAAGCCACCAGUGCCCGCUCUGUCCCUUCCGGUGUGCCCGCAAGGACAAUCUCAAAUCCCACAUGAAGGUUCAUCAGCACCAGGACCGAGGAGAGACCUUUCAAUGCCAGCUAUGCCCUUUCACUUCCUCCCGCCACUUCAGCCUGAAACUCCACAUGCGCUGCCACCAGCACUUCCUGAGGACAGACGCCAAGGUGAAGGAGGAGAUCCCAGACCCAGAUGUCAAGGGCGCUCCCCACCUCAGUGACAGUGCCUGCCUGGGGCAGCAAAGGGAAGGAGGAGGGACAGAGCUAGUGGGGACCAUGAUGACGUCUAACACUCCAGAGAGGACUAGCCAGGGUGGGGCUGGCAUCUCGCCUUUGCUGGUGAAGGAGGAACCCAAGGAAGAAAACGGCCUGCCCACCUCCUUUACCCUGAGUGCUGCCGACAGGCCCGCCAACCACACAAAGCUGAAAGACCCCUCCGAGUAUGUGGCCAACAGUGCGUCAGCAUUGUUCAGCCAGGACAUCUCUGUUAAGAUGGCGUCUGAUUUUCUCAUGCAGCUGUCAGCUGCAAAUCAGAAGGAGCCCAUGAAUCUUCACUUUAAAGUGAAAGAGGAGCCUGCAGAAGAGGAAGCAGUAAGUGUAGGCUUGCCUCGGCCCAGCUACGUGUUCAGUCCGGAAUCUGACGUGCCCGCCCCCAGCAUCCCCGAGGAGAGGCUUCAGGCCCAGGACGGGAAGGGCAGUGUGCUCCGGCGGGAUGUGUCAGUCAAAGCGGCAUCGGAACUUCUCAUGAAACUCUCAGCCGAAAGCUACAGGGAGACGCAGAUGGUGACGCUUAAAGAGGAGCCCAUGGAGGUUGACAUCCAGGACUCGCAUGCCUCGAUAUCCCCCAGCCGGAAUGUGGGCUCCAGCACUUUAAUCGGGCGGGAGAAGACGGAGCCCUUACCCAAGUGGCCUGAGGGCCGAGUCCCCCCCGAGAGAAACCUCUUCAGUCAGGAUAUUUCGGUGAAGAUGGCUUCUGAGCUUCUCUUCCAGCUGUCAGAAAAAGUGAGCAAAGAGCACAAUCACACAAAAGAAAACACCAUCCGGACCACCACCAGCCCUUUCUUUUCAGAAGAUACAUUUAGACAAUCACCAUUCACCUCCAAUUCAAAAGACCUGCUGCCUGUCCAGUCUGUGCUGCAUGGAAGAAUAUCGACUCCAGAAACAGAAAAGAUAGCACUGGAGGCAGGAAACGGAUUACCAUCCUGGAAGUUCAAUGACCAGCUUUUCCCCUGUGAUGUGUGUGGGAAAGUGUUUGGCCGACAGCAGACAUUGUCUCGACACCUCUCGCUGCACACAGAGGAAAGAAAAUACAAAUGCCAUUUGUGCCCCUAUGCUGCUAAGUGCCGUGCAAAUCUGAACCAGCACCUGACGGUCCAUUCUGUGAAGCUGGUGAGUACAGACGCGGAGGACCUUGUCAGCGCCGUCACCUCUGAAGGCAGUGACGGGAGGAAGCACCCUUAUUACUACAGCUGUCAUGUGUGUGGAUUUGAGACGGAGCUCAAUGUCCAGUUCGUCAGCCACAUGUCGCUCCACGUGGACAAGGAGCAGUGGAUGUUCUCCAUCUGUUGCACUGCCUGCGACUUCGUCACCAUGGAGGAAGCAGAGAUAAAGGCUCACAUUGGCACCAAGCACACAGGGGAAGACAGGAAGACCCCCAGCGAAUCAAAUAGCCCCUCCUCCUCGUCCCUCUCAGCCCUGAGUGAUUCCGCAAACAGCAAAGACGACUCUGAUGGCUCUCAGAAAAACAAGGGUGGGAACAACCUGCUGGUCAUCUCGGUGCUGCCGGGGAGCCAGCCCUCACUGAACAGCGAGGAGAAGCCAGAGAAAGGGUUCGAAUGCGUUUUUUGCAACUUUGUCUGCAAGACGAAGAACAUGUUUGAGCGCCAUCUGCAGAUACACCUCAUCACCCGGAUGUUUGAAUGUGACGUGUGCCACAAGUUCAUGAAGACCCCCGAACAGCUGCUGGAGCAUAAGAAAUGCCACACUGUCCCCACCGGUGGGCUCAAGUGCCCAUUCUGCAUUUAUUCCACCAACCGCCCCGCCGCCAUGGAGUGCCACCUCAAGACCCACUACAAGAUGGAGUAUAAGUGCCGCAUCUGCCAGACGGUCAAGGCCAACCAGCUGGAGCUGGAGACGCACACCCGAGAGCACCGCCUUGGCAACCACUACAAGUGCGAGCAGUGCGGCUACUUGUCCAAGACGGCCAACAAGCUCAUCGAGCACGUGCGCGUCCACACCGGCGAGCGGCCCUUCCACUGUGACCAGUGCAGCUACAGCUGCAAGCGCAAGGACAAUCUCAACCUGCACAAGAAGCUGAAGCACGCCCCGCGCCAGACCUUCAGCUGCGAAGAGUGCCCAUUCAAGACCACACACCCUUUCGUCUUCAGCCGCCACGUCAAGAAGCACCAGAGUGGGGACUGCCCCGAGGAGGACAAGAAGGGCCAGGGCCCGGCGCCCAGAGAGGCCGCCGGCCCCGGGGCCCCGCUGCUCGUCGUGGGGGGCUCCCGGAAUCUCUUGUCGCCCCUGUCGGUCAUGUCCGCCUCCCAGGCUCUGCAGACCGUGGCCCUGUCGGCCGCCCACGGGAGCAGCUCAGAGCCCAACCUGGCACUCAAGGCUCUGGCCUUCAACGGCUCCCCUUUGCGCUUUGACAAGUAUCGGAACUCGGAUUUUGCCCAUCUCAUUCCCUUGACCAUGUUAUUCCCCAAGAACCACUUGGAUCUCACAUUCCACCCUCCCCGACCUCAGACUGCACCUCCCAGCAUCCCUUCACCCAAGCACUCCUUCCUCGCCUACCUGGGACUAAGAGAAAGAGCAGAGACUGUCUGAGGGCAGCUGGGCUCGGUACCAAAAACAAAGAGACAAACAAGAACAUAAAACAAAACAAAAAAAACCAUAAAACUUAAAAACAACCCCAGCAGGUGUAUGUUGCUGCAAAACUCGCAGACCCCCUCCGGGUCUGAACCAUGUGUACUGUAUAUCUUUAGUAAGGAAUAGAGAAUUGGUUCGGUGUGUUAUACUAUUGCAUUGACAUGAAAGCUGCUUUAUUCAAUCUCCAGAGAGGUGACCUACUGCCUAUUUCUACCUUCAGAGGCAUGCCUCCCAGCUACCUGCCUCCCGUUCUCACCCCUUCCUCCCUUCUGCCCUGGCAAAGGAAUGGUGUCUGCUUCAGCCCUCACAGAGUGUCCUUAAUAGCAGUCAGCACUUGGGAGGUUUACCUGCCGGUGCUUUGGGUUUUCUGUUGAGUGAGUGGGGCACGAGGGUAUCUGUGGAUGUCGGAAGAGCAAGGCCCUGAGGCAGACGUCCCGGGAUAGCGGUGGUCCUGGCUUCCCUGACAUAGCGAUGAGCGUGCUUUGCCCCCCUGGGUGUGUUCCUCCACUCGGGUCUCCUCCCGGAGCUCUUCCGAGGCCUCCCCCUCUGGCCGUGCUGCUGCAGAGAGCCCAGGCCCGGGCGUAGUUGGCGAAGGCUCAGUAGACGGCUACAGUGCUGCUGGAAAUUUACCCCAGAGCGCCGGCCACCCUGGGCCCAGCCGGCUCUGCUUCAGAAGAAGACAGGAAUCAAGCGACCCAUCUUGGGCAGAUCUCGCAGCACUGCAGCCCAUGUCACCAAAUGUCAGAGGUGUGUGCAUCCACAUGUAGGCAAUGUGUACAGUUACACACAUCGUUUUUUAAGGGCAGAUUUUAUAUAUAUAUAUGUAUGAUGUAUUCAUUCAGUGACUACCAUUUGUUUGCAGGAAGGGGGGAAAACUAUGAGUGAAACAUUUUAGGGUUGAAAAAUCCAGCCAAGGAGAUUAAAAACAAACA